AUGACUGAUUCAGCUCCAACACUCGCGACAACAUCUGUCCAAUUGCCUCGAGUGGCCAUCACUUAUUGUACUCAAUGCAAGUGGUUGUUGAGAGCUGCAUACUUUGCCCAGGAACUACUAUCGACAUUCGGGACAAGCAUAGGAGAGAUCGCCCUGAUCCCUGCCACCGGAGGGAUCUUCACAGUCUACGUCACUCAUGUCCGUACUGGCAGCGAUGGCUCCAAUGCGAACAGCGAUGCCGCCGAGGUCAUGAUAUGGGAUCGAAAGGCUGAAGGUGGAUUCCCGGAGACGAAAAUCCUGAAGCAGAAAUUGAGAAACCUUAUCGAACCAGAGAAGAAUCUUGGUCAUUCUGAUACUCCAUCUUCGAAGCCAAAGGCGGUGACUGCAGGGAAAGAUGAAGGAGUUGCGGUUCCACAUCCACAAGCAGUAGCGACAGCAUCCACAGCUGUGACCGCCGAAGAAUGCAAGGACUGUACUUGA